AUGGAUUAUUAUCAGGGAUUCUUAGAGAUUAUUACCGAUUACUUGGGCUUACAGGAACGAACCCCGGGAUCGUUUGUGGAGGCGACUGUGGGGACGUUGAAUUGGCAUUGGGACGAAAUGCAGCAGGCGUUCGGUAGGCAGCAAGCAACAGAUCUGCUGGCUUACUUGAGAGCUACUUUGCUGAAGCAGCAGGAAGAGCAGCAGCAGCAGCAGCAGCAGCAGGAGCAGCAGCAGCAGGAGCAGCAGCAGCAGGAUCAGGAACUGCAGGAACACCAACAAGAACAACAACAAUACAAGACCAGCACUCACCACCACCAUCACCGCCAUCAUCAUCACCAGCAGCACCAGCAACACCAGCAGCAGCAGCAGCAGCAGCAACAGCAACAGCAGCAACAGCAGCAACAGCAACAGCAGCACCAUAGCAGGGUAGAGGUCGUCUUAGGGCCUCGCUCUGUGGAAGACAGAAUGCAUCUGCGGGUGGUGGAGAGGGAGUUCGGCGAAGAUUUUCUUCGUUCUGUUGGUUUUUAUUUAUGCAUUGGCAGCUUUGCUUGGAGAGAAGAAGAUUUAUAUGAGUUGUUUGGAGAUGAAGAGACACUUGCUGUCUCCUCGGACGUGCAGGAACGCGCCCCACAACACGAUCCCAACGAUCCCCACGAGGAGACACCUCCACCCCACACCACGCAGGAGACACAGCUGCACGGAACCCAUGCUUAUGAAACUGCAGCAGCAGCAGCGGCGGCAGCAGCUACACAAGCAGCAACGCCCCGCACCAGACCAUCCCCUGCAGCAGCAGCAGCAGCAGCAGCAGCAGAAGAAGAAGCAGCGGCAGCAGCAGGACCUGCAGCAUCACUCUUUUAUAAAAUCCGCAGGAUGUCAGAACCCCUGCCGAGGAAUAUGGGUGGCGGCAUCAGCAGACAGCGAACCUUUCCUCGCUCCAGCCCGGCCAUGAUGCGUAUAUGCAGCAGCAACAGCAGCAGCAGCAACAAGAGCAGCAGCAGCAACACCAGCAGCAACGGCAACGCUGAGUGGAGCUGGCCUAUGAGGACUUGCAUCUCCGUCAGCGUGGGGCUGAAUUUAUCUCGAGCCCGCACAUGUGUCCCCAACGCCUAUCACGUUCAGAGUCUCCUUAUACAGCUGGCUGAAGCAGCUACCUCUGCGGGGCUGCAUGCGCAGCAGCAGCAUCAGCAUCAGCAGCAGCCGUGGGUGUAA